CUCGUAUCAGCUGGAGGCGCUGGAGUCGAUUCGGUGAAAUUUAUUAUACUGGAUCGCAAUUAUAGUGGCACACGAUUUACUACCUCGUCCUUCACACCAGCCUCGUGGUAAUCACUUUUUGCCGCUCAAAGCCGGUGGCGUCGUUAGUCGUUUGUCGUUACGAAACACGUUUUUCUGCGCCCAGUUCGGCCGUAAUGCUAUUAUCCUGUCAGCGCUCUAGCGUCAACCGUGUAAAGCGUAACUUAAAGUUCAGCGUUCCAGCGUCAACCGUUUAAAGCGUAUCUUGAAGGUUAGUGCUGAGCUUCCACUGCGAUUGUUCAAAGGCAGUACACGUCACAUGUGAUUGGAAAUUGAAAUCAGCUACUGUAAGAGCAACACUAUACUAUUGUCUUUCUUCGUCACUGAAUCCGUUAGAUAUGGCUCAUUGCUCGAAAACUGUGGCCAACUCUUCUCUAAAAUAUAAGUCAUGCAAUGCUUAUAAAUGUAUGUGUCCUUUUAAAGAAAAAAGGAACUACCAAAUAGAGUCCAGUGGAUCAUGGGAAAUAGUACUGUGCAAAACAUGCAGUUUAUAUGGAACACAUAGGGUUUGCAGUUUUAUUCAUGGUAUCCAAGAUUGGCGCUGUAAAACAUGUAAUGCCGUUGCAGAUAAUUUGAAUAGUAAUGGUGAAUCAUCAGGAAUGUUUAGAGAAAUUUUGAUGUCUGUAAACAGAAACAUGGCCAUAAAUCACAUAGAUACCUCUUCAAAGACUGUAAAGCGUAGUUGCAAUGUGGAAAAAUGUUUGUGUCCUCAUAAAGAACAACAAAAUUAUCAAGAAAAGAUUGGAUCAUGGGAAAUACUACUAUGCCACGCAUGUGGUAUUAAUGGAACACAUAGAAUAUGCAGUUUUGUUAAAUGUUUUCAAGCAUGGUAUUGUGUAACAUGUCAAGCCAAAAGCAGGCGUUAUCAUUAAAUUAUAUUAUUUUAAAUUCAUAUGAUAGCAAAGAUAACAGUGUACAGGUAAUCAUUUUAAAUGUUUUCAGCCAAUUUCAGGCAUGUGUUAUUGAUAUGUAUUAUAUUUUUAUUUGUUUUUGUUCAUCCAUCACAUUGUUAAUUAGAUUUGUUGAGAAUUCAAGUUAUAUAAUAUGUUUCUUAUAUAUUUUGAUUGUAUUCUCAUUUUCAUUUUCUUACUGAAUAUUUUCUGACAAAAGUUUUGUUCCUAUUAUUAGUAUUACAUUUUUAACUAUGUAUUAAGAUUUAAUGCUUAUAGAUUAAUAAUUAA